AUGACCGACACUGGACCCAGGCAUUCUAGACCCCAGGAAUCCCCAUUGAACCCCAUUAUCCCACAUUGCCUUCAAUUGACCACUCACAGCCCCGAAGCUUGCAGCCCGCAAUCCCGAAGACGCAGGCCCGCAGGCUCGCAUAACCCAAACCUAUCACACACAGACCAGAACGAGGGGACGAGAGACAUUACAUCGCACAUGGAGGGGGCGCGUCGACGAUCCAAGCGCGAUGCUGAUCCCUUCUGUCGGUUUUCCUCAUAUGUGCUGCCUGUCGCCCAUCACCCCGCGCCCGGCGCCCGUAUCUGCGUGCGUCCUAUCCGAGAUCAAAUUGUCGCUCCUGGCGGCUGCUCCCCCUACUCAUCCGAACUGUUUAAAACCAACGUCCUCGCCAACGCCGAGCUCAAGCUUCUAAUUCUUGUCAUUCUUGUUCACCAGGUGCAACCUCGAAUGGUCUGA